AGUUUCUCUUUGUGCAUAUAAUAUAAACUUAUUUCAAUAAAAUGUCUCCUUCUUCUACUACUUCUUCUUCCUCUAGAUGGUGUCCAACACCAGAGCAACUAAUGAUAUUGGAAGAGUUAUAUAGAAAUGGAAUUAGAACUCCAAAUGCUUCUCAAAUUCAAAGAAUCACAGCCCAUCUUUCUUUAUAUGGAAAGAUUGAAGGAAAGAAUGUGUUCUAUUGGUUUCAAAAUCAUAAAGCUAGAGAUAGACAAAAACUUAGAAGAAAACUCAUUAAGCAACUUCAACAACCGCAACAACAACUCUUUUAUCCUUAUCAUGAUCAUCAACUACACCAGAAUAUGUCGAACUACCACCACCACCACCACCACCACCUUCUUGGCAGCUUCUUUGAUUCUCCUCCUCCAACUGCUACUGCUUCUUCUUCAGCUUUUCUUUCAUAUCAUGACACUGCUGGCUUUCUUCCUCAGGGAGGACUUGAAAUGAUGAAUCACCCAUGGAAGGUGGAGAUCCCACAGAAUAUCCAGAUGGAGAAUUCCAUGAUGAGAAUUUAUGGUCAAGAUUGGAUGAUGAUGAUGGAAGGAGGUCCUCCCUCCCCAACAAGACCUCUUGAAACACUUGAACUUUUCCCAAUCACAACAACAAAUCUCAAAGAAGAGAGCACCGGAACGUUAUCAGCAUCCAAUAACUCAUCAGAGAUUAUCACUUUCUCCCUCUAGCUAGGUUCUCGAUUAAAAUAACUAUAAAUGUACUUUUUUUUAAAAUUUGUUUUUCUUGGUUUCUGUUAUGUGGUAUAUGCAUCUGAGUAGGUAGCUAGAUAGAUAGGGAGUAGAGGGAGAAAGAUCUCAAUUGUCUAGUGAGUAUUGUAGCUUGUCAUUACUGAUCUCUAAUGUCUUCUUCUAACAGUACGGCUAUGCUACCUUAUUUUUUAUUAUUAUUGCAUUUGGUACUA